AUGGCGGUAGACACAAAGCGCCUUUUGAACCAUCCACCAAAGGACGUUUCUCGCAAACCCAACUACUUCCCAUGGUCGAAGCUAUCCGGAGAGCUGCGCAAUGAGAUCUACACCUACACCCUCACUCACGACGAGCCGAUCCGCAUCACGGGCGUCCUGAAUCCCUGGGACGAGGCCGAGUACGUGUUGGAGAACAAGCGGCUUCCGAACAUCAACCUCAUCUACAUCAACAAAACCACCUACACCGAGGCCGUCCCUCUGCUCUACGAGCUCAACACCUUCUACUUCUCCGGCACGCUGACGCUGGACCUCUUCAUGGCGGCGCUGCCAGAAAAGCUGAUGUCGCACCUGCGCCACCUCAUCAUCGCGAACGGCCACAACUACAUCGGCUCAGACAAAGCCUUCCUCCCGCUGAUCAAAGCCCCAAAUCUGACCCGCGUCGAGCUCGACAACGUGAGGUCCGGCCAAGCGUUCUACGACGACCAAUUCCUGCACUUCCGGAUGCACGUGCGGCCGCCGCCGCUGCUGGGCUGCCUCUCCAAGUCUGUGGCCACGCAGCCUCACCCCGGCAACCCCUCUCAACAGCUGCUCGGAGCGCGGCUGCAGGCCACGCGCCCCGCCAGCCCCCCGCUCCGCCGCGUGAAGCUGGCGCCGCGGGCGCCGUUGCGCUCGAUCUGCCAGCACUUGGCGUCGCUGGACUUGACGCUGUGGCUGGAUGACCUCGUUGAGCACAUGUACGGGCUGAGUGGUUUCCGGCGGUGGAUGCACGCCAUUGGGGACGCGAAGGGCGAUCCGGGCGCGGGUGCGGGUGUUGUCUGUCUCAGUCAGCGCUUGCUGGAUGAGCGCCAGGCGUGCGGCGCGCGCCUUAAGAUGAGGGUGGGGCCUGCGGAUGAGGCGCCGGAGUUUCGGGCCCUUUUGGAGGAUUGGUUGGUCUAUUGUCCUGAGAGCCGUGAUGAAUGA